AUGAAUGGGUCUUCUUUCAAGAUCACCUUGACCUUCACAGCAUACAAGGACAUGGAUUCAACCAAAAAUGUGUUUUUCACGGUAGUUUUCAUAAUGUACAUAGCAUGUAUAGUUGCAAAUGUAACUCUAAUGCUGGUAAUUUACUUGGACGCGUCAUUGCAUAAGCCAAUGUAUAUAUUUCUCUUCAGCUUGAUUAUAAACGGGUUGGUUGGAAGCACAGCUGUUUGCCCAAAAGUGAUGGCCAUACUUUUAACAGAUGUGAAUACGAUCUCAUAUGCUGGGUGUCUUACUCAAAUUUUUUUCACUGCAACCUAUGGGGUUUGUACAAACACAUUGUUAACAGUGAUGGCUUAUGACAGACUUGUAUCCAUAUUCCAACCUUUACAGUACCACACCAUAAUGACUCCACAAAAAGUAAAGCAGUUACUGUUAGCUGCUGACCUUGUGCCUGUUCUUUGUAUAGUUGGUCAAGUAUUCCUUACCUCUCGUAUACCCCUGUGCAAACAUACACUGCAUAGGAUACUUUGUGAUAAUUCAUCUGUCUCUGGACUAUCGUGUGGUGACAGCAUUCAGAGUCGUGUGACCAACAUGUAUGCAAUAUGUCUCGUUAUUUCACUAUUAAUCCUCCCUCUGCUUCUGGUUCUGUUGUCCUAUGUCAAAAUUAUAAUGUUCAUUUUGAAGGCCUCAGGAAAGGCUAGACAGAAAACAUUUGAGACUUGCUCUCCACACAUAACUGUUUUUGUAAAUUUUUCAUUGGCCUCACUGUUUUCUGUCACCUAUAACCGCGUCAAUCGUUAUUUACCCGGUGAGGUUAAUAUAUUUUUUUUAUUUACCUUUUUCCUUGUCCCUCCACUGUUGCAUCCAAUCAUAUAUGGCAUAAAAAAUCAGGAAAUAAGGCACAGCCUGUCAAAACUUCGGAAAAGAGCAAUUCGGAUCAUUUAA